CAGAUCGCAGAGCUCAGACCAGACCCGGCAUGCUCCCUUUGCUGCGGCCGUCGUCGCCUGCUUCCGUGUUGAUCGCAAGUUCAUCUGCGGCUCGUUCGAGUUGCGGGCCUGCCUUCAGCAUCGCGAAUCAGCACGUCUCGGCGUCUGACUGACACAGUAUCCAGCAACACCCUCUAUCAGCUUCAUGAACACUCCGGGUAUCUUGCCCCACAGGGAACCCAUGUCUGGUUGGCCCUACUGCAACGGUCUGGUUGAUCGAGCCCGCAUUGUCAUGGGCCUUCUCUUUCCACUCGAGAUGUUGUGUCCUUUUACCCUCGGAUCACUUUGCGGCCGGAUCGCCGGCCAAUACACUCAUGGGCAAGUGUCCUGUCCAAGAGCAUCUUCUUCAGCGACUGGCCAGGUUUGUCUGUUGCCCCCCCCCUAUGAGAGCCGCUUCAUUGCCCUCGUGGGUGCCUUGACUUGUCUAGGCCCUUCCAGAGGUCUUACCCAAGAUGCAUCGCUGGAGGCCCCACCAUCGUUCCAGCUGGACAUGGAGGGACAUGGCUCCGAGCAGCAGCGGCCACACCCGAUCAGACAACACCCAGGAAGACAAGCCCAAGUGGAACAAUCAAGACCUACAAACCAGUGCAGCUGCGUCGUUUAUUCGCUCAGGUGCCCUGGUAUCCCCCCUUGCGGACUUGAUGGCGCUUGCUUACUCUGCUAUUCGUGGGUUACCGGUCCACACCAAGGCGGGUGGACGAGAUUUGUGCGGAUGGUGAGUCGUCCGAAAGGUCUGGCCCUUCGCAGGAACGCAAAAAAAAAUACAAUGAACAGGAAAAUGGGUUCGUCUGUGGGCUGAUCACAGCUUUUGGAAGCCGCGCUUUCGGGUGCAGGAGCGGUAGACGCAGUAGGCAAUGACAGCCACGCCGAUGAUGCAGCCAGCG